AUGAUGUUGGACUCGAUUCCCAAAUCAGAUGAACAGCCUGAUCCCUCCACUUUGAAACUCAGUAAUCAGCCUGGGGCAAGUGGAGAGAGCGUACCGUUCUCUGCUUUGGUAGGUAGGACAGUGGGUGAUAUGGGGUUUAGUCAUGGAGAUUUGCUGUUUCUAUCGUACAAACCAAUCUCAGCAGAUCCUUCUUCCCAUCCUACCACUCAAGCUUCAACAUCCCACCCUCACCCAAAUCAACCAGACCCUUCACAUCCUCAUACGCACACUGAACCACCUCUUCCCAAUACCAUCCCUCUGACGGACUUAUCGCACGUGGUCGAACCUGAUAUAGAUUUGUAUUGGAAGAAUCAAACGGGGAAGAUCGAGCGGAAAAGAGAUCCAGAUUUCUGUAGACAUGGUGAGAAGGGGAUGUGCGAUUAUUGUAUGCCUUUGGAGCCAUACGAUGCGAAAUAUCAAGCAUCUCAGCAGAUCAAACAUCUCUCUUUUCAUGCAUAUUUACGUCAACUCCUGUCAUCUCGAUCAGCUGCUCAAUCAUCUGCUACGGACCUACCACCCCUAGACCCAUUAUCAUUAUCAGUCAUGACACCUUGUCCCACUGGCUCCCAUCCCCCUUUCCCUCAGGGAAUCUGCUCUACCUGUCAACCUUCAGCCGUCACCCUUCAGUCCCAGACCUACCGUAUGGUCGAUCACGUCGAAUUUGCCUCGCCUUCCAUCAUAGACGGUAUACUCUCUGCAUGGCGUCGGACCGGUACCCAGAGAUUAGCAUUUCUGAUUGGACGACAUGACAAAUAUGAGAAAGUACCUAUGGGAGUUAAGACGGUAGUGGAAGCUGUAUGGGAACCGAAACAGGAAGGUGAAUUGGAUGGUCUAACGGUCGAAACUCCUUGGUCGGACGAAGAGAGAGUAGGCGAAAUUGCUAGUUGGUGUGAUAAAGGUUUGAGUGUGGUGGGCAUGAUAUAUACGGAUUUAACACCACAACCCGACGAUAUCACCAAAACACUGUACAAGCGACACGCUCAAUCAUAUACGGCUGCCUCACUUGAAAUGCUCUUAUCAGCCGCAUACCAAAUUUCCCAUCCUCUGCCUACCAAGAUGUCCCCUACUGGACAUUUUUCAUCGAGAUUCGUUACCUGUUGUCUGACAGGAGAUGAGGAUGGAGGGAUUGGAGUAUUGGCAUGGCAAGCUUCUGAGAACGCAGAAGCGAUGGUUAAGGCUGGUAUAGUGGAGGCGAGCGUUGAUCCCGGUGUGGUCAGAGUGAGGAAACCAGGUGAAGGAGAAUAUAUCCCAGAGGUAUUUUACAGUUAUAAAAACGAAUAUGGUUUACAGGUCAAACAACCUGCCAAACCUACUUUCCCAGUCGAAUAUCUCUUCGUCAAUAUCACUCACGGUUUCCCCGUAGAUCCAUCACCACUCUUCUUAUCAAACUCUUUCCCCACAGAGAACCGACCAGGAUUACAUGAUCAAUCGCUAGAAGUGGUGAUAUCACAAUUAUCAGGAAUCAUCAGGAAAUCAGAUGCCGAGAUUAGCGAUACGGGUACAUGGCCUGAUAGGAUCAAGGAGGAGGUUAAGAGGUGGUUGAGUGAUUGGCAUCUUGUGUCGUUCCUGUGCAUGCAGGGUUUGUUCUCUUUGGCAGAACAAAAGAUACUUUGUAGAGCCGCUACGAUGCACGCCCAUCCAUCGGAUAAGAAUGCUCUGGAAGAGCUGUUUGAUUCCGGUGGAUGGCAGACAUUAUUGACUAUAGUGGAAUCAUCUUCGUCUGCAAAUGUCCCGGUUCAAUCUGCACCUCCCUCGAGAGCUUUCGGAGAGAUGGGUAUAGAUUCCCCUCAUGCGGGUGGAUCGUCGACGGACUUGUCAGGAUUGAAUAUACCUCCUGAACCUUCUACUUCGGCACCCUCUGGCGGAGAUGGAGGGGACAAGAUAUGUCCACAUUGUACGUUUGUCAAUGAGGCUGGUAGAUCGGAUUGUGAUAUUUGUGGAUUACCCCUUGGGUAG